UAUGUAAAUGGGUAUCACAAAUAUAAUUGACAAAGACAAGUUGGGACAAACUAGGCUUUAUGAGUCUGGAAUGAAUAAACAUAAAGUUGGAAGGAAUAAGGCUCAUCCUGAGAUGAAUGUACAUUAUACAGCAGAAUGGCGGGAUAAUAAACCUUUGCCUGAAUGUAUGAUGUUUAUGCUACAGAACGAGAUCAUGUGUGACGUCACACUCAGAGUAGGCCAUUAUAGAACAUCUAUUAAAGCACACAAGUAUAUGUUGUCGAGCCGAAGUGAUGUCUUCCAUACCAUGUUUGAGGGGUCUCUGCCAGAAAAAGGGGACAUAAAAAUACCUGAUAUUGAAGAAAAUACAUUUCGAGAUAUUCUGAAAUAUAUUUAUUGCGAUCAAAUUUCAAUUACAAACGACAAUGUGAAGGAGAUAUUGUAUGCAGCUGACAAGUAUAUGUUAGCUGCUGUUAAGAGAGAAUGCGAGACAGUCCUAAAACAAACGGCACAAUCAGAGCAUGCGACCAAAGCUUUACAAACUGGAUACCAACACAGUCUAUUAGAUCUACAGCGGGAAAGCCUAGACUAUAUUGAGAUUAAUACAAAGGAAUGUCUUCUAUCCGAAUAUGCAUUAAGUCUUUCCAGAGAUUGUUUAGGGCUCAUUUUGAAAUCAGAUUAUCUAAACUGCACAGAAACAGACAUCUGCCAUUUUAUUAUAAAAUGGGGUAAACAUCAAUGUAAGCUGGCAAAUUUAGAGCCCUCUGGUGGAAACAUUCGAGAAGUUCUGGGGACUAAUUUGUACAUGAUUAGAUUCCAAGAUGUUGAUAUGAAAUUUUUUUCAAAAGAGAUCGUCGUUUCUGGCUUACUUACAGAUGACGAGACGGUAUCCAUUUAUCAGUCACAUUUCGGUGAAGUAUCGAAAAUCUUUUCAAACAUCCCAAGAUAUACUGUUACGCAACGAAAGACAAUUACAGUCUAUAGAUAUGAACAGAUAAGCCAACCUAUGGCAACAACAGGAAUACAGUCUAUAAUUUUUCUCUCAGAUAAUGAUAUUUGGCUUAAAGGUGUACACAUUUUUCUUCCUUACGUUCAACCAACCUACGGACAUCAAGUUGCUGUCAGUAACAACGUUAACAUAAGCAUACAAAUACUGAAUGAUUCAAAUGAAGAAAAAAUUCACCACGAUCAACGAAUAACCUAUGGUCAAAAUUACGAUCAAGUUUUGGAAGUGAAAUUUUCUAAACCACUUCAUAUCCAUGCCAGGAGGGAUUACACAAUUCAAAUGAACGGAAUGUGUUAUCAAACUUAUUGUGGAAUAAACUGUAAAGAAUCUGUCACAGAAUCGGAAUCUGGAGUUACUGUAAAGUUCAAGGACUCUUCAGUUGGUGAUAAUGAAACAAACAUUAGUACCGGACAAUUUGCAGGACUAUCAUUUAGUGUUUAAAUUUGUGCAUUUUGAUAUUUCAAACAACAAUUAACAAUUAAUAAUUUAUUGUUAUCACCUGACCAGUAGUCAGCACUUCUGUGUUGACAUGAAAUAUCAUUUAUAUGGUCAUAAUUAUAAACUUACUGUUUUAAAAAAAAUCGUUGAAUUGUUCGAAAUGAGUUUAACUCCAUGAAACGAUUAUCUGAGCUGUAUUCGGAUUUUUUGGUCCUUAAUGCUCUGCAAUGUUGUA